AUGAAGAAAAGGAGAGAAGAGAAAACAUCCUUGCAGCUGCCUCCACAGACAGUUGAGCCCGGGGAUGCAGCUGAAGCAAGCUUUAGCCUACCACCUGUCAAUGGCACAGCUUCCAGUGUGCAGAGAAAACACCCUGGUAAUGCCUUGAAGAAGAAGAAGGUCUUGAGGAAGCAGGAGAAAGUGCCCUUACAGCCCAGUGUGCUUAUGAUCCAUGAGGAAGGCACUGUCCCAUGCAACUCCUCAGUGACCUCGCAGACGGCCCCUGGUGCCCAGCGCCGAGAGGAGCUGCAAUGUGGGCACGGGCACAAGGACACAGCCUCUCCUGACCCACAGCAGUCCUUGCUCCAGGCACUCUCCCUGCUCCGCAGCGAUGACUGGGAGAUGAAGGAGAAGGGACUUGUCAGCCUCAAACACCUGGCUGGGUCCCAUUCAGAAGUCCUGCUUUCAACACUUCGUGACAUUUGCUUGGCAGUUACCAGUGAGGUGACCAACCUCCGGUCAAAGGUGUCCUGCGCGGCUAUUGACACUCUGGGAGAGUUUUUUGCCACCUUGAAGCAGGACAUGGACUCUGAGGUGGAUGAGGUGGUUCGGGUCCUUCUCCGCAUGCUGCGUAAUUGCCCAGAGUUUGUUGAGAAAGCAGCCAGUCAGACCCUGGGCAUCAUGGUGGAGAAUGUGACUCCUGCACGAGCAAUAGCUGCUCUCCUGGACAGUGGAGUCAAGGCCCGCCACGUCCAGGUGCGGAAGUGUGCGGCCGAGCUGCUGCUGUCCUUGCUGGAGAGAAUUGGAGUCACGGAGCUCGCAGGCACAGCCGGGGCUGGGAGCCUGGUGCACGCGGCAGGGACGCUGGCUCAGGACCGUCACCAGGACACAAGGCAUUAUGGACAGGACAUGGUGAAGAUGUUGCUCAAUCACCCAGAAGGUAAAAUGCUUUUGGAGCGAUCCGUUCCCGCCCGUCACCUGGAAGAUAUUCUGAAAAGAAUGAAGAAGAGACGGGUGGAAGAGCAGAAGGGUGAACGCCCAUCUGUCAAGUGCUCUGUGAAGAAGAGGAGCGAUGGCUCGAAGCAGCCCCAGGCCACAUUGCCUUCUAGUCAAAGGGUGAAGUCGACCUCGGAUGGACGCCUCCUCCAGCGUCCAAAAGCCCAGGUGACGUUACCUCCAGCCAGGGAUGAAACGGAGACGCUCCAGAAGCUUUACGAUCUCCUGGAAGCCAAGGGGUUUGAGACACGGAUGGAAGGAGUGGCACUCCUCCUAGACGUGUGCAAAACCAGCCCCAAGCUCGUCGCCACUAACAUUGUCCAAAUUUUUCAUCAUUUUGACCUGAGAAUAUCUGACACUCACAAGAGAGUGAAGCAGAUGGCGCUGGACGUGCUGGCAGAAAUCAUAGCCAUCCUGGAAGAUGCCUUGUACCCAGUGAUGGUCCUUUUGGUGGAAGGAAUACUAAAGAACCUGAACUCAAAGGACCCUGGGGUUCAUGCUGCAGCUGUGAACGCCCUGGAAGAAUCCAUUGCUCAUUUAGAUAAAGUAUCACUGAUGAAAGAGUUCAGCCACCAAUGGAGUCAACUGAGUGGGCAAGCUCUGCUGGAUGUCACAGAGCGUAUCACAGAGCUGGUGGAAGAGGUUCAUGCCAGGAGCCCUGAAGUCGUCCAGCGCUGCGCCCUGCCCGUGCUCUGGUCCUUGCUGGAGAACAAGGCGCUGCCUGUGCGAAGCGCCAAUGUCCGCACGGUGCUCACCAGGCUCGCCUCUGCCCUCUACGAGGUGAUGGGCACCAAGCUGAGGAAGUGUGCUGCCAGCCAGCCCCCACAUGUGCGGGAAAAACUCUCCAGCAUUUUGGGCUGGUGAAGGCUUGGUGUUCUCCAGCAAGCUGACCAAGGGCUCAGAUGGACACCACCGGAUGUGACAUUUUAGCUGUGCCAAAAAUGACAAAAUACUGAGGAAGGGUGUGCAUCUGCCCCUGCUCUCUCCACUGCCCUUCCUAGUCACGGCAUGCUCAGGGGGCCUGAAGCAACUCCAGACUGAGGACAAGGGGAAGGGCCAGCAGGGCUCAGCCUCACACAGAGGUAAGGUGGGAGCUGGGCCGCUCUCUGGCAGGAGGAAGGGUCUUGUGCCAGCCUGGAGAGCCUGUGCCCAUUGCCAGGGAACAGUUCUGCCCUGCAGGUGCCCCUGCCAUGAGCUGUGCUGCUCCCAGUGCCCCAGUGGAGCUGUAGGGCUGCUCAGCUGUGGGGCAGGGAGAGGAGCAGGAGGCUGCAUGUGCAGCUGAGCCAUUGCUGGAAAGCACAGGGCUCUGGGCUCCUGCUGUCCCAGGGCAGCCCAGAGGCCAGGCUGCUCCCCUGGGAGCUCUGUGCAAGUGGGUCAGGGUGAGGCCCUGGCCUGCCUCAAGGGGCUGCUGGCAGGAGCAUGUUUCCCUGUGCAGCUAUUUAGAAGUUUCCAGGAAAUGUGUCCCAUGGAAUAUGAAGCUUUAGAUGUUUUAGGUUUGCAUUGCUGCCUCUGUUACAUUUUGUGUGUUCACUUUGCAGACCUGACUGGCUCCACUCUUGUCAAGAAGAUUUUCCUGGAUGUUUUCUAUGUUCCUUUAGCUACAAAGUCCUUGCCUCCCAU